CGCGGGCACGGGGCGCCCCACGCUGCACAGACACGGAGCGCCGCUAAUCUCAUCCUGCACUCGUCUGUGUCGAGAGCAUCUCUGCCCAAUCCCGGACAGAUCAUCCCGAGGAAAAAACCAGGGACGGCUCUGCCAUUCCCCUGGGCACCGGUGUCGGAGUCUUCUCGCAGAAGAAGCGGACGCGAGCAGCAGCUCCGCGACCCCUGUCCCGUCCUGUCUCUGACUGCUUUCCUUUAGUAAUCAGUCCGGGCUGAGCUCUCCUGGAAACGGGAUGGACACAAGGUUCCAGUUGCACUUUGCAAUCUGAGCCAAAGGAAGAUUUGGUCAAUUUCUUCUUUUAUUUUGGUUUGGUCUUGGAAUAACAAGGAACUGCGCCUGCUGCUUUUUCACCGGGAUCCCUCUCGGGUUACCUUUUUAUCUCAAGUUCACUAUAACUGUGAUGCAUUUAUGAGUCGAGUUGCAAAACCCUGGAGCAUGUAAACGAUUUUUUUUUUAAUUUCGUUUGUUUGCUUGGAAUAACGACGAGAUCAUAAGAGAUCACACUUUCAGGAGUUGCAUUUUUCGUGCGUAAUUAUUGCAGUGUGUGGCCGCAGAAGUACUUGUGCCUCCCUUUUUUUUUGCGUUGAAUGUCCAGUUUUUUUUUCGAAUGGAGUAGGUAGUAGGUGAUAAACACUCGAAAGAAAAAAACGCGGGGUUUAUUCUGUCUUGCCUGGAACGAACAGGCGGAUCUGAUGCGCCGAUUCUCCGUAGGAUGGUAAAUGACUGAUGGGGAAUCAUGAACAGCUCUUCUGAACUCGAAGAUGGCACUCGGCACAAAAACCAGACAUUCUGUGAGUGUGUUCCCAGCUCCUCCCAGCUCAAACAUCGCUGGUCUGACUCAGAUACUGCCAGGGAGACCCCGGCCAAGAGGAUGAGCUGCAGCUACCUGCUCUGUACCAUCCUCCUCUUUGUGGCUGUAUUGCUGGCGGUCACUGUGACUGGCACCAUCCUCUUCAUGAAUCACUACCAGGCCCCGCCCAUGUCCGAUGGCUUACCCCACAUCUCCACCAAUCAGGACGAAGCUAACGCCCUGGUCACCGUCGAGAGAGGCGACGGCUCUCGCAUCAACAUCUUCAUCGACCCCAACUGUCCCGACUACAACAGUAACUUUUUGCGCCUGGAGGGCGUGCAGACGUCGCUGCUCCACUCGCUGACCGACCACGACUCCGACCUGAAGUCGGUGAAAGGCCAAGACCGGGCUCUGCUCGUCAGCCUGGCUGAGGAGGUGGCCAAGCUGUCGGCACACGCGGGGCAACUGAAAAUGGACUACGAAUCCCUACGCAGGGGGCAAGGCAGCCUGGGUCAGGACCUGAACACGCUGCAGACUGAGCAGGGUCGCCUCAUACAGCUGCUGUCAGACAGCCAGAUCAACAUGGUGAAGGUGGUGAACUCGGUGAGCGACGCUCUCAACGCCAUGCAGAAGGAGAACGUGGGCCUGAAGGCGCGCGUCAAGGCCGACUUGCAGAGGGCGCCAGUACGAGGGGGCCGUUUGAAGGGCUGCUCCAAUGGCUCGCGCCCACGUGACUGCGGCGACCUGUACGCUGGUGGUCAGAGGGAGGAUGGCAUCUACUCCGUGUUUCCGGUUCACUUCCCUGCAGGCUUCCAGGUCUACUGUGACAUGACCACAGACGGAGGAGGCUGGACAGUGAUCCAGCGCAGGGAGGAUGGCUCUGUCAACUUCUUCAGAGGGUGGGAGUCCUAUCGUGAGGGAUUUGGCAAGAUUACUGGUGAACACUGGCUCGGGCUGAAGCAGAUCCAUGCCCUGUCCAUCCAGGGCAACUAUGAGCUGCGUAUCGACUUGGAGGACUUUGAAAACAGCACCGCAUACGCCCAGUACGCCACCUUCGGGGUGGGCCUCUUCUCGGUGGACGCCGACGAUGACGGAUACCCUUUGACUGUGGGAGACUAUUCUGGAAACGCAGGUGACUCUCUACUGAAGCACAACGGGAUGAAGUUCACCACCAAAGACCGGGACAACGACCACUCGGAGAACAACUGCGCCUCCUUCUACCACGGUGCCUGGUGGUACCGCAACUGCCACACCUGCAACCUCAACGGCCAGUACCUGCGCGGCCAGCACACGUCCUACGCAGACGGCAUCGAGUGGUCCUCCUGGACGGGCUGGCAGUACUCACUCAAGUUCUCCGAGAUGAAGAUACGGCCCACCCGCGACACUGAGAAGAAGUGACACUGAGAAAGAGAGAAUAAAAAAAUAUUUUUUUCCAAACAUUACAAACCAGACAGCUAGAGGCAGAAUAAUUUGUCUUGAUAUUGUUUCUACGCUAAAAACAUACCUCUUUUGAGUUUAGUUUUUUUUUGCUCCCGAUGUCUCUCAUCCUUCUUCCUCUUCCUCCUCCAUCAAUCGGCUACAGAAGUCACGCUGGCUGGCUCAAUCCUUCCCCCUGCUCCCUUUCUUUGAAAAGAAAAUAAUGUAUUCGCGGCGCUCUCAUUCUGACAUCCUCCCAUUCACACAAAAAAAACUUUAGACCAGAGCCCUGGGCGCCGCACAGUCCACUGCCCAAGCUUUACUCAGUUUGACAUGGCGGUCCAAACUUCCCCUACAGCAUCACACACCAGUGAUUUCCUCCUGGCAUGUAACUCUGACCUCCCAUCUGUGCUGACAUGGCACUUAGACUGUCGUUCAGUCUCGCAGGGACACAGGAAGGGAAUGGAAAGGAAGUGCAGUGUCUCAGCAGCGAUGAGGCGACAGGGCAGUGGUAGGACAUGUCCCAUUUAUCAAGCAGCGAAGAAGAAGAAGAAGAAGAAGAAGAAGAAGAAGAAGAAGAGCAGGGUCUCGGAUAAUGAGAGACAGAGAGAACGAGGAAGCGGUUUAAAGAGGGUUAAACUAGUCGAACAGGAGGAGGGCCGGGUGAAUCAAAAGAGGGUGGAAGUAGGAGAUGCGGUUGAAAAAGAGGAGUGAGGGAGUAAAUGAAAGAGGAAGGGGGCAGACGUAGGAUCUCGUUCAUCCGACUUGGGCCAUUAGGGAGCAUAUUGGGCACUGUCUGAUCUGCCUGCCAGCUGAGGGAUGGCCAAGUGAUGCCGCACUCACAGAUGGUAGCCCAGCACUCUGCGUGCAUGUGUGUUUGUGUAGGUGUGUGUGCCGCGGAUGUAGACAGAGAGUUUUCCCAACUAUCGGUUUCCUGUCGGGGGUUCAGUGGAGCGUCUCGAAUAACUACAGUGUUUAGACUUAACAUGAAAACAUGAAGCACGGCCGGCAAACCUUCACUCUCUCCAUCAGCCAAUUAACAUCAAAUAACAUAAACCCCUGACGUAUGUACCUGUAAGACACUGGCAGCCGUUAGAACGAGACCUCGGGAUCACAGAAUGAAUGUUUCAUCAAAAACACUGUCUCAUUUCCCCCCCCCCCCCCUCUUUUUUAGAUUGUCAGACAUGGUACCUCAGCUCCCAUUCCCAACGUCUGUAUGUUUACUUCUUUUUUCUCUCUCUCUUUCAGGGGAUUAUUAUGGGAUUUGUUUGUGUGACGCAGUUUGACUCGUCAUGCAAAGAGAACUAGUUGCUGUAAAAUAAGAUCUGUCGCUCUCAAUCACGUUGUUUUUCUUUCUUUUUGAGUAGGAAUUCUAGUAUUGCAAAAGUAAAAAUUGCCUAAAGCAAACAAAAAAAAAAAAAAGGACGACAGCAAAGAAAAGAAAAGAAAAAACACUUUGGCGGAAAAGUGGAUUCCAGAAAUGUUCCGUCCCUCUUGUCGGUGAAUCCACUUUUUUGCAGCUUCAUCGGUUUAUCUUUUGGAUGUACUGAAAGCUUUAAAAAAUAUCUGUAGAUUCUAUUGUACAGUGUGUAUGACUUUUAGAGCAUGUGAAUCUGUUUUCUUACUACGCUAAAACACAAAGAGAACUGAAGCACAUGGACUCAAACAAAAUCCACCCGGUUAUAAGAAAAGAAAAAAAAGUUCAUAAACAAAGAAAAUAGAUGUAUUCACAGAACCCCCCCCCCCCCCCCCCCC